AUAAGAAGAACCAGGUUAUUAUUGCAAAACAGUGGAAAGACACUAAGUGAGCCCCUACAGAAUGAACAGACAAAACAAGCCUUCCUGCUAAGCCUGUCCAGUGUACAUCCUGAUACAGACAAGAUAAUUCCUGUUUUGUUUAGACCUCCGGCUUUCCUGCCCAUAUCUCUUCCAUUGGUUAUUGCUUCAUCUCUUCAGCUCCGGGCAAAGGAAACUUUUUUUUGUCAGUUCGUGUUUCACACGUAUACCACAGGAUUCACCCUAUUAAAUGGAAAUGGUACCGCAAAGGCUGAAGAGUACUCGCUUCAACAAAAGCAGAUCUUCUAUGGCUUGGGAGCCAUUUCCUAUGCAGCAUGUAUUGGUGCUCUUCCUCUUGUCUUCAUGAAUCGAUACACAUUGAAAAGUUCGUUAACGCAACUAGUUGUCAAAAAACUUCUACCCGCUCCUCUUCUUGGCUUGAUGAGCGCAUUUACUGUGGCAGUGGUGAGAAGCCCAGAAUUUGAGAAUGGAAUUGAAGUGAUGGACAGGAAUGGCAAGGUUGUAGGACUGUCACAGAAGGCUGCUGAGAAGGCCGUUAAAGAAACAGCAUUGUCCAGAGCAGCCUUGUUUGGGACAACAUUCUUCCUGCCAGAUGUGCUUAUGUACUUUGUGGAAAGAGCAAAAUUUGCAAAAACUCCACGUGCUUUGGCUUCAGUGAGAAUGCUUGUGAUUACGUCAGUACUAGCAGGGAUGCUACCAGUUUCACUGAGUAUGUUCCCGCAGUGUGGGGAGAUAAAGCGAGCAGACCUUGAACCGGAAAUUGUGUCAUCUACAGAAGAAACGGAAUUAUUCUACAAUAGGGGAAUUUAGAGAUUGGGUUUCGUAUAUAAAUGUGUGCUCUGAUUGAAGU